UUGACACUUGCACUUACCUCUCUCUCAAGUGAUGUGUCUCCUCCAAUUUAUCGUCUUUAUUUAAACAUAUCGUAGUAUUAACUAAAUAAAAGUGAAGUUUUUAUAUUCAUGGUUAUACGUAGAAGUCUGUAGAAGAGCACACUAUGUCUCGACGUCGUCCUGGAACAGCAGGCUCAGUGCGAUCUACAUCUGCAAUCAACCCUCUAAGAGUCCGUCCCGGUAGUCGACCAGGUUCUGCUCGGGAGUGGUUCGAGGCAUAUAACCAACGGCGGAAUGAGGAAGCAUGGCGUCUUGAGGAAUGGAAGAACACUGUCAAUAGUUUGAAGAAAAAGGAAUGGCAGGCACAGUACUACACUGCUAUUGCUCAGCCAAAGCACAAAUGUGUCGAUGAAGAAGAGCUUCGUAAAAAGGAGGAGAAGGAGCGUAAACUGGCUGAUAGACGGGCCAGACUCACUCGUCUGUUUCAAGAAGAUGAGAGGCGAUAUCAGGAUGAGAGGGAGCAGAUAUACAGAGAAUCAAGACACAGAACUGUUCACCAUCAUAUUGUCUAUCCUGAGGUGGAGAUGCUGAAGUGUCGCCUAGAUGACCUAAAGAAGAAGAACCUUGAAGAGAGACAGAAAAUGACAGAAUCUCUUUCGUAUGAAAUCUGGAGACGAAACAGCCCACAAGUUAGACAAAUGGAGUCCGACCGAUUCAAUCACUUUGUGCAAGAGGCAUGGGUUGACCAGAGGCAGUGGAAGGAGGAUGAGAGACGGAAAAAAGCAGAGGAAGAUCGAAGAGCAGACAUUGAAGCAGCUGAGAGGCAGCGGAAAUUGGAAGAAGAGGAAAAGAAAACAGAAGCAGAGAAAUUGAAGAAGCAAGGAGAGUGGAAGGUCCAGCUUGAAGCUCAGAUUACAGAAAUUAAGGAAAGGGAAAAACACGAUGAUUUCCUGAGACAAGAGGAAGUUACGUUAGAGAGAGAGAAGCUUAGACUCCAUGAAAUUACCCAACGAAGGCUAAGACUGAAAGAUUUACGGCAGCGGAAAGAGUUAGAGUUGUUUUGGGCCAGACAGUAUCAACUGAAACUAAAGAAAAAAGCGGCAGACAUUCAACAGGAACUCUUGAGGAUGAGAAUAUCAUAGAGGACAUCUUAAGAGGGCUUCCGGAAGAUGAAGAUGAGCAGAUGAAGCAUCGAAGAAGCGAGGCUGAAUGGAUGAAGACUGUGCUGGGAGAACAGAGGAAGCUGGAGAGCAUGCGUGAGAAAGAGUAUGAGCUGCUGUUUAG